CAAAUAAAUUUCUUUACUGUUUCAACAUGCUUAUUUGUAUAUAAUAUAUUUCUCGCACAGGGCUGAGCAUGCCAAUUAGCGAUUGGUUCGGUUUCAAACAUUGUUGCAUCAGGUAAACUCAUUGAAAGAGAGGCAGGCAACAACUACCAAGUUAUGAUUACUAGCGUUAUUAAGCCAACCUGUCCUCUCCCUUUUGCAUAUCCUGAUUUGGAUAUGUACUUAGUUGCUCAAGCCAUUGGGACGCCAAUAGCAUGGCCUAAGGAUUUGGUCAUUAUAUCUGAAGAUAUAUAUCAUGAGGCUCCCUCUACAAGUAGGACCAGAUCACAACGACCAAAAGCUCCAUCAACACAACAACCACGAGAAAGAAGACGACCACAAACUCCUCCAACACAAUUACCCCACACUCCAUUGGAACGAUUACAAAAUAUCGUAUCUCAUUGGGCUGAUGGCGAGUGUGUCAAUCUAGGCAUAGAGUCUGAAGUUUUUGAUCAGGAUAUGUCUCACUGUUAUAUAUUUAAGGAUGACAUACUUCAGUUUGCUCGAAAGGAGAUGAUUGGACAAACAGUGGUCGUUAGCUACAUGAGGUUCAUUUACAGAUAUGUGGUACAACAAGGUUGCCAAAAUAAGUUUUUAUUUGUCAAUCCUAAUAUUGUUGCCACUCAAGGGAGUUCAUUCGACGAUCGUGUUCAAAAUCUGUUCAGAUGA